CUAUCAUUCACGCCUACCUAAGUUUACUCUCAUCAUCCUUAUUCCGACAGAUCUUCAUCUAUACAUUCCCAUAGCCAUAUUAUUAUUUGCAUCUGUCUGAGCUAUUCGAUAUCUGUCAUAUAAUACGCCAUAUCGGAGAACUGUCUGAGUGAGAUCGAGUCAGAUCAUCGGAGCUGGUUGGGCAUCUACACCAAGUACAAAAAUCUUCACAUUGAUAUUACAUUCGAGGGGAUCUAUUUUAAUAAGGUCAUGUCUCUCACCUGGCGUAUCUCCGUUAACGGGGAGGCCGAUAGUCCAGAAGACUAUCUUUCAACUUCCUUGGGCGUCAUCUUCCCCGACGAUAUCACAAAUCAACACGGCGAUGCGGAACACAACCUCUCAUAUGCCUCACCUCAUCUCCCCAAGCCUCUUGUUAUCGACCUCGCCGACCCUGUGAAGGAGGAUGACCGCAAGCUAUUCUCACAUUACCUCUGGAACGCUUCACUUCUGCUCGCCGAGUUCAUCGAGGCCGACUCUCUCAGCAUUCCUCUUGAGAAGCCUCGUGAGGCACAGGACAUCAUUUCAUUCAACGUGAAGGGACUUGAGACUCUUGAGCUCGGAGCCGGAACCGCGUUGCCGAGUAUCAUGGGUGGCCUGCUAGGCGCAAAGCGUGUCGUUGUCACAGACUAUCCAGCUGAGCCCGUCCUCAAAACCCUUAGCACGAACGUCGCUCGCAACAUCCAGCCCUCUCUAUCACCCGCCGGUGCCGAGACAACCCCCUUUUCCGCAGUCUCCGUCCAAGGCCAUUCCUGGGGUGAGCUCGAAGAUCCUUUCAGCGCAUCAGCUGCUCACUCAUUCGACCGUGUCAUCGCCGCCGAUUGUCUCUGGAUGCCCUGGCAGCACGAAAACCUGCACCGCUCCAUCGCCCACUUCCUUAAGCAAACCCCCGAGGCCCGGUGUUGGGUUGUCGCUGGUUUCCAUACUGGCCGAACAAAGAUGAGCGGAUUUUAUGAUGCAGCGGCGCUUCAGAAGGUCGGACUCGAGGUUGAAAGGAUCUGGGAGAGAGAUUGUAACGGCGAAGAGAGAGUAUGGGAUAUUGAGCGUGAGGACGACAUUACGGUGCGCAAGAGAUGGCUCGUUGUCGCUUCGCUGAAGUGGAUUUCGAUAUCAUGAGGCUUAUAUGAGACGUCGAGAAGCCCGGCAAAUUCAUUGAGUAAGAAGGAAAAGAAGAGGCUUUAAAUACCAUGACUACCUUACGCUCGGGCUCCGGGAACCACUUGAGCUCAUCAUGGCGGAGUAAGACAAUUCUUCUAGUUGCGUCUUCUCUACUUCAUUGAUUGGCUCUCCUCCCUGAGACGACUCGACUACCGCCCGCAGAAUGAGGCGGAGCGACGACUUCGUGAGGGGCGGAUACGGAGUAAGAUGGACGCUCUCCGGUUGUAAAAACAACAGUUGGAGGGUGACUGGUUAGAGUGGUAGACAAAUCAUGCGAAGUGAGGAAAAGCUUAAACUGUACGAAGAUACAAAUGUGUUAGAUGCAUAUGAUCACGAUAUCAAGGAUAGAUAGGCAAUGCCCCUGAAUUAUGAUGUAUAUAUU